CGGCCGAGCCGGGGGCUCGCGUAGAUGUGCAGCCCGGGGGAGGCCCCCCCUGGGCCGGCCCCGGCCGGGGACCUGCCCCCGGAGUGGGAGACGGAUGACGAGCGCAUGGCCUUCCUGUUCUCGGCCUUCAAGCAGAGCCGCGAGGUGAACAGCACCGAGUGGGACAGCAAGAUGGCCUUCUGGGUCGGGCUGGUUCUGGCCCGCGGCCGGCGGAGGGGCGCGGUGAGGACGUGCCUGAGGGAGCUGCAGAACGGCUUCGAGCGGCGGGGCAGCGUCCCCUUGGGGCUCGGCACCGUCCUCAGGGAGCUGCUGAGACGUGGGAAGCUCCAGAGGGAGUCAGACUUCAUGGCCAGUGUAGACAGCAGCUGGAUCUCGUGGGGUGUGGGAGUUUUCAUCCUGAAGCCCCUCAAGUGGACCCUCUCCAGCGUGCUGGGGGACAGCAAAAUCCCUGAGGAAGAGGAGGUUCUGAUUUACGUGGAGCUGCUGCAGGAGAAGGCGGAGGAGGUUUACCGGCUGUACCAGAGCUCCGCCCUGUCCUCGCACCCCGUGGUGGCGCUCUCGGAGCUGCGCUCGCUGUGCGCCGGCCUGUGCCCCGAUGAGAGAACCUUCUACCUGCUGCUGCUGCAGCUGCAGAAGGAGAAGCGGGUCACCAUCCUGGAGCAGAAUGGAGAGAAGAUUGUGAAGUUUGCCCGAGGCCUCCACGCCAAGGUGUCCCCAAUGAACGACGUGGACAUUGGGGUUUAUCAGCUGAUGCAGAGUGAGCAGCUGCUGUCACAGAAGGUGGAGUCCCUUUCCCAGGAAGCAGAGAAGUGUAAAGAGGAUGCCAGGAGUGCUUGCAGAGCUGGGAAGAAGCAGCUGGCCCUGAGGUGCCUCAAGGCCAAGCGGAGGACGGAGCGGCGCAUCGAGGAGCUGCACUCCAAGCUGGAUGCGGUGCAGGGAAUCCUGGAUCGGAUCUACGCCUCCCAGACCGACCAGAUGGUGUUCAAUGCCUACCAGGCUGGCGUGGGGGCUCUCAAGCUCUCCAUGAGGGAUGUGAGUGUGGAGAGGGCAGAGAACCUGGUGGAUCAGAUCCAAGAGCUUUGUGACACCCAAGAUGAAGUGGCCCAGACCCUGGCUGGAGUGGGGAUCAACGGGCUGGAGAUGGACUCUGAGGAGCUGGAGCAGGAGCUGGACAGUCUCCUGCAGGACUCCAGCAAGGAUUCCCUGGAUCUGCCUCCCGUCCCCCAGAAGGUGCUGGGUGCCCCCAUCUCUGAUGCCGAGCUGGAAGCUGAGCUGGAGCAGCUCUCCGUGUCUGCUGGAGAUGUGGCACAAAAGACUCCCUCUGCUUCUUCUGAACCCAAAACAGCUGUGGGACUGAAUCUCUGAAGAGCCAACAGAAUCCUGUUGCUGCAGCUUGGGAAGUGUCUCAAUGUUCCUUAACUGAUGACCAGAACUUCCAAGGAGAGGGGAGCAGCCCUGUCCUCCUGGAUCUGUCUUUGCUCAGCAGCAGGAGCUCCUGCCAUGACAAUCCACUCUGGACCUGGCCCCAGCUGGUGUUUGUCAUCUGUGCCAACAUCUGCUCUCGAGCUGACUCGUGACCCCAAGUCACUGCCACAUCCAGUCUUCCCUUCUGGGAACACAACUCCAGCCAAGAUAAAAACUCUUCUGUGUCCAUAGCAGUGCUCCGUUUUGGGUUUGGUUUUGGUUUCUCUUCCUUUGCUGUGGCUGAUGUUGAGAAUCUGAGCAGCAGCAGCAGCGUUGCAGUGGCUCAACAUUUGGCUGUUUGUGUGGUUGUUUAGAACACUUGGCACAUCAGUCCUGCCCUUAAACACCGGUGCUUGUUGUGUUCCCUCCCUCUGGAUCCUGCACUGACAGCCAGGCACUGGAUCUGCUCAGUUUGAGGAGAUUUUGGUGCUGCUCAGAGAGGGCAGCAAGGGCAAGCACAAGACAAAAGAAUCCCUCCCUCUGUAAUGACAUUAAGGCCUUAAAAGGGAGACCUGCAAAAGAUUCCCCCAGAGGAGUUCCAGGCUCUUGUGGCCAAGGCUGCUCUUUCUGCUGGCACUUGAAAUUGGAGCUGGUGGCUAUUUUUGUAUCACCCCUGUAAGCAAAACUCCUGGGGAGCUGCAGGGUGCUGGCUCUGAGCUGCCAUGGAGGGAUUUGGGGUGGGAAAUAAAUCAGGGGAUCCCUUGGGAGGGCACAGCCCCAUGGAACAGCCUUGGCUUUGCCUUCAGCCCUGGCACUGCACUCCCACAGGAUUGUGUGUUCCCUGACAGCCCCAGACCAGCCCCUGUGGAUGUUUUUGAUGCACAAACCCCUGAGCACCAGAGCUGCAGCUGCUCCAGGGCUGCCUCUCCCCCUCUCAUCUUUUGCAGGUCACUUUUUACCCCUGUGUGCACACACAAGCCUGGGAAGCUCCAGCAGGGGAAUGUGCCCUUCCCUGGCAUUCCUGAGCAUGGCAGGGGAGUGCCUGGCUGCCUGUGGAUGGAUCACAGCCCUGUGCCCCUCCUCCUGACUGGGAAUGUGUCCCACAGCACUGGGAAUGUGCUCCACCACCAGGGGAAUGUGUUCCACCACCAGGGGAAUGUAUUCCUGUACCAGUGGGAAUGGAUUCCUGCAGCACUGGGAAUUUAUUCCAGUACUACUGGGAAUGUAUCCCACAGCACUGGGAAUGUGUUCCUGUAGCACUGGGGAUGUAUUCCUGUACCAGUGGGAAUUUAUUCCAGCACUACUGGGAAUGUAUCCCACAGCACUGGGAAUGUGUUCCUGUAGCACUGGGAAUGUAUUCCUGUACCAGUGGGAAUGGAUUCCUGCAGCACUGGGAAUUUAUUCCAAUACCAUGGAAUUUAUUCCCACAGCAUUGGGAAUUUAUUCCAGUACCACUGGGAAUGGAUUCCUGCACCACUGGGAAUUUAUUCCAGCACUACUGGGAAUGUAUCCCACAGCACUGGGAAUGUGUUCCUGUAGCACUGGGGAUGUAUUCCUGUACCAGUGGGAAUGGAUUCCUGCAGCACUGGGAAUUUAUUCCAAUACCACGGAAUUUAUUCCCACAGCAUUGGGAAUUUAUUCCAGUACCACUGGGAAUGUGUUCCUGCACCACUGGGAAUGUAUUCCUACAGCACUGGGAAUUUAUUCCCACAGCAUUGGGAAUGUGUUCCCACAACAUUGGGAAUGUAUCCCAGUACCACUGGGAAUUUAUUCCAAUAUCACUGGGAAUUUAUUGCCACAACAUUGGGAAUGUAUCCCUGCAGCACUGGGAAUUUAUUCCAAUAUCACUGAGAAUUUAUUCCCACAGCAUUGGGAAAGUGUCCCAGUACCACCAGUGGGAAUGUAUCCCAGUACCACUGGGAAUUUAUUCUCACAGCACUGGGAAUUUAUUCCCACAGCAUUGGGAAUGUAUUCCUGCCCCAUUGGGAAUUUAUUCCAGUACCAGUGGGAAUUUAUUCCCACAGCAUUGGGAAUGUAUCCCAGUACCACUGGGAAUUUAUUCCAGCAUCACUGGGAAUUUAUUCUCACAGCACUGGGAAUUUAUUCCCACAGCAUUGGGAAUUUGUUCCUGCCCCAUUGGGAAUUUAUUCCAGCAUCACUGGGAAUUUAUUCCAGUACUACUGGGAAUGUAUUCCACAGCAUUGGGAAUUUAUUCCAGUACCAGUGGGAAUUUAUUCCCACAGCAUUGGGAAUGCAUUCCUGCCCCAUUGGGAAUUUAUUGCAGUAUUAGUGGGAAUUUAUUCCCACAGCAUUGGGAAUGCAUUCCUGCCCCAUUGGGAAUUUAUUGCAGCAUCACUGGGAAUUUAUUCCCACAGCAUUGGGAAUGUAUUCCUGCCCCAUUGGGAAUUUAUUCCAGUAUUAGUGGGAAUUUAUUCCCACAGCACUGGGAAUGUAUCCCAGUACCACCAGGAAUGUGUCCCAGCACUUCCACGCUGCCUCUGCAGCCCCCACUCCUCGGUGGCACCUUGGCAUAAUGCAGUGGGGGCUGGAGUUUCCCCUCCUGGUGCCCAUUUGGUGCCCGCCCAGUCCCGGCCCAGGGCCAGGGUGGCACUGGGGCUGUCCCCAGGGGCUGUGUCCCCUCUGUCCCCGCUCACCAGUGCAGGCUCCUGCCAGGGGAGGGGGAGGCUGCAGCUCUCACGUCCCCCAUGGAAUGAUGUACAAUGACUCGAAGCUCUGUAUUCCUUUCCUCUGGAAGUAAAUGGGAGAAAAUC